UCAAUAUACUGUCAACGAAAAGGUUUUAAAUUAUUAUUAUGUGUUUUAAUAGCCAAAUUAUGUCUUUUCGAAUGAGAAACCCUGCGUUGCAGUCGAUAUCUUUAUGAUCAUCACAUACUCUUUGGUUAGGGUAAAAAAAUACAAGUAUUAACAACAAGCAGAAGCUGAAACACAAUUUAAUUUUUUCAAACAUUUGAUAGGGAACGGAUAUAAUCUUGCUGUCUGAUAAGGGUAAUAUUAAUCGGUGGCACACCGCUACCUGGAAAGCGGAAGAGGACAAGGGCAACGCCUAUUAAACGCCUCGCUGCUUUCAAAUGAGAUUGGCAUUGGGCCUGACUCGUCCUGGCGCAUCCUAACGGCAGAGGGAGAUAGCCAUAGUGCUGUCUGUUUCGGGCAAAUGGCGGCGAUGCCUUCGAGUGGGCUGUCCUUAAAUAGCGCAAGGAUGCGCACCUAACUCAACAGUAGCAAUUCGACCAGCCCAGCAGCAGGAUCGCCAGGAUGAGUGAAUUCAGCAUCGAUUACAUAUUGAACCGCGCUGGCGACAGAUACAUCGGCACCAAUGCCUCCGUCGGUGUCCUGCAACGAAUCCGCGCCAGCAUUCCAUUUCACCCGUACGCGCAUCCCGGAUACAAGGAGCAGCGUGGAUCGCCCCCGGCUGUGGUGGCUCUUGAGGAGGGACAUCUACCCAUGUACGACUGGCUGCAGUACACCCGCUACCAUCCGCCCAAGCUGCCACGUGCCCUGCGGCAGAAUGGACCCGCCAAACGUACGCCUGGACGCCUGCCCCGGAUCCCCUUCACUCCCGCCCAGCUCCAGGCUCUGGAGAGUGCGUACAAGGAGUCGAACUAUCUGAGUGCCGAGGAUGCCAACAAGCUGGCCGAAUCCCUGGACCUGACCAACACCCGCGUGAAGAUCUGGUUCCAGAACCGGCGCGCCCGCGAACGACGCGAAAAACGCGACAAGGAUGAGAGCUGCGACUCCACCUUCUCUUCGAAUGCCUCCAGUCCGGAACCGGACAUGCUUGUCAUUGUUUAAUGGGAGAUAUGGUGGAGCACCGCUCACGUUAUGGCUGUUACUGGUGUACCUUGUGGAUGGACUCUCAGACGAGUACACUUAUUAUUGAAUUGAAACUCAUUGUUGUACAAAUAAAUCUAAAUAGUUAUACAGACAAUAUUUCAUUAUAUUAUUUAAGUAAAGUAAGUUAAAUUAUAUUAUAAAUAAAUUAAAUAACAAUUACCCUAAAUUUUUGAGAGUUCUUUAUUCGCGAGAUAAAAAUGAUUGCGAUCUUAAUUGAAAUUUGGAAAAUGAAUUCCAGAGUUAAUGAAAUUUGUUGCUUAAAUGUGACUAUGAU